AUGGCGGAAAGACCUCAGGGUACAGCGAAGGCCGGGGAGGGGUCAGCAGCAAGAUUCCAGCCAGCUACCUCGAACGCAAUGUCGCCACCGACUUCGAAAUCGGUAUCAGCUCCUGAUUCGAACACGCUAUCACCACCUGGCUCAAAAACACCGCCAAGUAUGCCGUCGAAACGCACGAUGUACUUCCCAGACACUUCGAACUCUGGUAAUCGGCAACAAGAAGACCGAGGAGAAGCGGUUGAUCCCUCUGCACUGAGAAAGGCAUUGAAGAGCUAUGAGGUCGCGGGAGGUCGGCGAGAUAGGACCCCCGCCUCAAGUCCAUGUCGCAAGAGACAAAGGGUAUAUGGUGACCGAUUCAUCCCCAAUCGUGAUGGACAAGACCUGCAGGCGACCUAUAAUCUCUUGCAUGAAGACGGUUGCCCUUCCACUCCUUCAAAGAGCAAGAGACGCCCGCCGCACUCCGAGCUGCAUUUCCAAAAAACCGAGGAAGCAAAUCGCACGUUCUCCCGAGUGUUGCGGAGUGAGCUGUUCGGAAACACGGUCCCUCAGGCCGACUUCAACCCAGCUCCAUCUGACCCAUUGCUCGGCUUCCGUCACGGAAUCCUCGACAAAACUCGAUCCCGCACACCCCCUGCUGUUAUUAGCUCCAAUUUACCUCCCGCUAGCAUUACACCCUCUACCCCACACAAGAAUGUUUUCAAUUAUGGUCCUUCCCGACCAGGAUCUUCUAACCCUACCCCCUCCAAAACACCGCGAAGUUUGCAUGGACCCAAUCUUGAUGUCCGCUCUGAGCUGUACAGCCUUUCUCCUAUUCGUUAUGGCAGUCAGCGUAUCCUCGAAACACCCCGCAAACAGGCGCGGUGGGUGAACAAGGUUCCCUACAAGGUCUUGGAUGCCCCGGAUCUCCAAGAUGACUUCUAUCUGAAUCUGGUCGACUGGGGCAGCACCAAUGUGCUUGGUGUUGGAUUGGCCAAUUCUGUUUACAUGUGGAACUCUCACACUGGCUCAGUCAACAGGUUGUGCCAGCUGACGGACGACACUGUGACCAGUGUAAGCUGGAUUCAAAGAGGUACACAUCUUGCGAUUGGCACAGGUAAAGGUCUCGUUCAAAUUUGGGAUGCUGAGCACUGCCGACGGCUGCGAACCAUGAUCGGGCAUACCAAUCGAGUAGGUGCUUUGGCGUGGAAUGAACACAUCCUCACAUCCGGCUCUCGCGACCGCCUCAUCUACCAUCGCGAUGUUCGCUCUCCGGACCAGUACGUCCGAAAGCUUUCUGGCCACAAACAGGAGGUCUGUGGUUUGAAGUGGAAUACCGAGGAUGGACAGUUGGCGUCCGGUGGUAACGACAACAAAUUAAUGGUCUGGGAUAAGCUCAACGAAACUCCUCUUUACCGUUUCUCCGAGCACACUGCCGCCGUCAAGGCUAUUGCGUGGUCUCCUCACCAGCGCAAUCUUCUCGCUUCUGGCGGCGGUACUGCGGAUCGCACCAUCAAGUUCUGGAACACACAAACCGGCUCGAUGAUUAAGGAGGUCGAUACUGGCAGUCAGGUCUGCAACCUCUCUUGGUCCAAAAACUCGGACGAAAUUAUCAGCACCCACGGCUACAGCCAAAACCAAAUAGUCAUUUGGAAGUACCCGCGUAUGGAACAAAUCGUCUCGCUGACAGGCCACACUUUCCGCGUCCUUUACCUCGCCAUGAGCCCUGACGGUGAGACCAUCGUUACAGGAGCCGGCGAUGAAACCCUCAGAUUCUGGAAUAUCUACGACAAACGAGCCCAAAGAGACACUCGUCGCCAGAACAGCAAGAUGAUGGAAUUCAGCACCAUCCGCUAG